AUGUGUCAUCCAUUCUCCGUGCUAGAUGGAAGACGGUUCCUCCCUUCUGUCCUUAGAGCCUGUGAGUGGAACAGGAGCCAGACACAGAGAUGCUGCGGCGUGAUGGAUUUAUCGCUAGGACCCAGGAGCAGCUGGGAGGCGACUCUGGGGGGGAGCGAUCACUGGGGUCAGUCCCGGCAGCAGGAAGUGACUCACAGACCUUUGGAGGAAGGCUAAGGAAUCGUAUACAUUUCGCUCCAGAUCGUCCCGUCUUCCAGAAGACAGGGAAGGGAAAUGGCUGUGAUGGAGCCAGCUCAGGUGCUGGUGACGUUCGAGGAGGUGGCGGUGUAUUUCACCCAGGGGCAGGGGGCUCUGCUGGACCCCACUCAGAGAGCUCUCUAUAGGGACGUCAUGCAGGAGAACUACGAGACGGUGACCUCGCUGGGAUUCCCCCUUCCCAAACCUGACCUGAUCAGCCGGCUGGAACGAGGAGAAGAGCCGUGGGUGCCCGAUCUCCAGGCCUGCGAGGAAAGAGAGAUCCCAAGAGGUGCCCACACAGGCACAAUGACGCCUGUCUGGAUUGUCUCUCCCCCAGCAGCUGACGAGACAGUGAGUGAGAAAAAAGAGGGAAAUCAACAGCAGGAAGUUCCUGGGCACGAGGAAUCACAGGGGACCUUUGAGGGAAGAGCUGAAGAGAAUAUUUCCCAGUGCUUGCAACAGGGACAAGCCUGGGGAAAUUGGCAGAGCUCAGAGAGGCUGCUGAGAAACCACUCAAGGGAGCAGAUGGAUGAAUCUAUUAUCUGUGGGAAAGGAUACAGGGAUCCCACAGCCCAUCACACAACCCCUAAGGAAGACAAACACUAUGAAUGCCUCAGUUAUGGAAAAGGAUUCAUUCUGAGACCACAGUUUGUUUCACCUCAGCCAAUUCAUACUGGAGAGAAAUCACUUCAAUGCUUGGACCAUGGGAGAAGCCACACAGGACAGAAAUUCUAUCAAUACCUUAAGGGCAGGAACUCUUUGAAUUGGAAGUCAGCACUGACUACAUAUCAGAUAAGCCACAUAGGAGAGAGACCCCAUAAGUGCUUGGACUGUGGGAAAAGUUUCCUACGG